ACAGUAGCAGGCCGCUGUCCCUUCACGUGGGUUCAUGAACGCACCUCCAUUCAGCGGGUAUCUGAGCGGACUGUGGAGCCGUCGUUCGCUUCUCUCCUGCGCCCGCGCAGCAGCAACAGGCAUGAGACAACGACCCGCAGAGAACUGUGCACGUACACUUUGAGCAAGUUUUACAACAGUUGGUGUAGCUCCGUCCUCAUGGGGGACUCGGACACGAAAGGGGCCUCGGCUCCCAGGAGAAGGGCGACUUUCACGGUGGGGAAAAGUGCGAGUCUGCUGCCGGUGAACGGGAAGUCCGCGGCGGCGUGUGAGAGCACAGGGACCGCGGGCGGCAGCGUGAACCACGGCCGCGGGAAACGGGACCGCUCACUGGAAACAGGACGGACCAAAUCAAAGAGUGAGACACACAAGCGCAUGAGUGACACAAGUGAUCGAAUUAGUUGCCAUAAGACACAGGAGUCCCUGCUGAGUUCAGGCAGUGGUUACAACAACUACAGAGGAAUCCUUAACUGGUGUGUGGUCAUGCUGGUGUUGAGUAAUGCUCGUCUCUUCUUAGAAAACUUGUUACGGUACGGUGUCCUGGUGGAUCCUAUUCAGGUGAUUUCCUUGUUUCUGAAUGAUCCCUACAACUGGCCAGCAGCAUGCCUCGUAAUUGUGUCCAUUGUGUUCGUCGUGGUGGCUCUCUACACGGAGAGGCAGCUGUCGAAGGGUUCAUUCACUGAACUUGUGGGAGUUCUGGUCCACGGCAUGAACAUGGCAAUCAUGCUGACUCUCCCUGCUGCAGUGGUGCUAUUGGUCCCUUCCGUUACCCCAGUUGGCGGUGUGUUCGUUCUUGGUACUUACACCAUCCUCUCCCUGAAGCUGUACUCCUAUAAGGACGUCAACAUGUGGUGCAGAGAGCUCAGCAUGAUGAAAGUCAAGAAAUUGUCCAGGUCGCUGUCUUGUCCCUCAACGCAGCACCUCAAUGGAGGCGACCCUAAGGUGUGUUACCCUGGCAACCUCAGCAUCAGAGACAUGUGCUACUUUGUCUUCGCUCCAACUCUGUGCUACGAGCUCAACUUCCCUCGCUCUCCUCAUAUCCGUAUGAGCUUCCUGCUCAGGAGACUCUUUGAGAUGCUGUUCUUCAUCCAACUGUUAGUUGCUCUCACUCAACAGUGGAUGAUUCCCAUCAUUCAGAGUUCCAUGAAACCUCUCGAGGACAUGGAUCUGUCCAGGAUGACGGAGACACUUCUCAGACUAGCUGUUCCUAAUCACUUGCUGUGGCUGAUGUUUUUCUACGGGUUCUUCCACUCGUCUAUGAACUUCACCGCUGAGCUGCUGCGCUUUGGAGACAGACAGUUCUACAAGGAUUGGUGGAACUCUGAGACGGUGACAUAUUUCUGGCAGAACUGGAACAUCCCUGUACACAAGUGGUGUCUACGACACUUUUACAAGCCACUGCUGAGGAGAGGCUUUAGUAAAAUCCUCAGCCAAUCAGCUGUCUUCUUCUUGUCGGCCUUCUUCCAUGAGUACUUGGUGAGUGUCCCUCUCCGGAUGUUCAGACCGUGGGCCUUCAUGGGCAUGAUGGCACAGCUUCCAUUGGCCUGGUUUGUGAGUCGCUUCUUGCACGGUACCUACGGCAACGCUGCGGUUUGGGUCUCAAUCAUCAUUGGUCAGCCAUUCGCCAUCCUGAUGUACGUCCACGACUAUUACGUCCUGCAUUACAGACAGGAGGCUGACUGAUGUGCACACGACCCCCCACCCCCACACUCUGUAUCGACAAUCUGUCUCUCAUUUUCACUCAUCCUUUUUUUCUUACAAACAAACACACAUGAUCCAGUGCAGCUAUAUAAUACGUUGUAUAAUUGUAUCUCCUUGCAGUGUAAUGUUUUUCUUACUCUACAUUUUUUUCUCUAAGUUGGGAAAAAGUAAGAAUAAUUCCAACAGAAAAGGAAGUUGAAUCUUGAAACGCUCCCCGUGGUGAGGCCUCUCUUCUCUGUCCAGUGUCAUCGCGAUGCAGCUUUUCACUCGGGUGAUUUUUCUUCUCUGAUGGACAACUUGGGUACGGUAAAAUGUUUUGCUGCUCUGCUCAGCUGUGUUCAUGGCCAGUAUUAUGACCGCGGCUGCAUUUUAUCAAUCGAUUUAAGUGCUUUUGUAAAAUGUAAGAUUUAUGAUCCAAUGUGUUUCCUUUUCUUGAGCCAAAGAGAUCUGUCUGGUUUUCAUUGUAAAUGGAACACCACGAAGAAGUGUACGAUUUUAUCAAUGUACGUUGUUUUUGUUAUGAAAAAGCCAGCUAGCUGUAUGUCUGUUUUUUUCUUCUUCUUUUUACAUAAGUGCCAUUUUAAUAAUACACCUCACAUCAGUUUGUGCAACCCUUUUUGAGGUGAUUUUUUUUUGUCAUGUCUAAUGACGCGUCCAACUACAAUUUGUGUGUCUUAAAAUAAACAUUCAGAGAUCAAUUCAA